CUGGGACUGUAUUCCCACCGGAACCGCUGUCCCCGCUCGCCCCCGUUCGGUUAAGGGGCGGGCGCGCGCUCCCGAGACACCAGGAAAUAUGGCGGCGCUCAUGACUCUCAGUCAGUUAUCAAGUGGAAACCCAGCCUAUGAAAACUAUUACAAACAGUUGGAUCCAGGAAACACAGGCAAAAUAUCGGCCGGAGAUGCAGCUCAGUUCCUUAAGAAGUCAGGGCUGUCAGACAGUACAUUGGGAAAGAUUUGGGAUUUGGCAGAUUCAGAAAGAAAAGGCUAUCUGGAUAAGCGGGGUUUCUUCAUAGCUAUGAGACUGGUGGCCUCAGCACAGGGUGGGAAUGACAUCAGUCUUCACAACCUCAACCAAAACUUAGCUGCACCCAAAUUUAAAGACACUAGCAGCCCAUUAUUAAGUGUUUCAACGACAGCACCUGACUCACAGUGGGCUAUAAGGCCUGAUGAAAAAGGGAAAUUUGAAGGUAUUUUUGAGAGUCUGGGUCCUGUAAAGGGUCUCCUUUCCGGGGAUAAAGUCAGGCCAGUUUUGAUAAACUCUAAGCUACCUCUGGAUGUGUUAGGAAAGAUUUGGGACCUAAGUGAUGUGGAUAAAGAUGGACAUUUGGACAAAGAUGAAUUCACAGUGGCUAUGCAUCUUGUGUAUCGAGCCAUGGAGAAGGAGCCCAUCCCAGCUAGCUUACCCGCUUCCCUCUUCCCCCCUUCUAAAAGGAAGAAGGCUGCAGGAGCGCUGCCAGGUGCCGUGGCUGUGCUUCCUGCUCUCUCCGGGCUUACGGCUGGCCCGGCUCCUCUCAAAGACACCUUGCGAAGCACUCCUCCUCUGAGCAGUGCUACUCCCCUCACCACCAGUGCUGUCAGCCUCUCUCCAAAACACUCCUUCAAAUCCAGCUCACCGCCAGCGGUGAACUGGGUUGUACCGGUGGCUGACAGGGAGAGAUAUAAUGACAUUUUCAAGCAAACAGACACCGACAAUGACGGACUGGUCACUGGCACAGAGGUGAUAGAGAUCUUCAUGCAGUCCAGUCUCUCCCAGACAAUGUUGGCACAGAUAUGGGGAUUGGCUGACACUAAACAGACAGGCAAGCUGACCCGGGAGCAGUUCUCUCUGGCCAUGUAUCUGAUUCAGCAGAAGGUCACUAAAGGCAUAGACCCUCCCACCACUCUCACUCCAGACAUGAUCCCGCCCUCAGAGAGGACUGCAGCAUCAGCAGCAGGCCCUAGCUAUAUGGGGCUUCUGUCCUCUCUGAGACCUGAACCUGCUGCACUUGCUAAUAUGCGCAGAGACAGCGCCAGCUCCACGGGGUCGGCUGAGCUGACAGGCAUCAAAGAGCUUGAUGACCUCAGCCAGGAAAUAGCUCAGCUGCAGAGAGAGAAAUUUAUCCUGGAACAAGAGAUCAGGGAAAAGGAAGAUUCCAUCAGGCAGCAAAACAGUGAAGUUCAGGACAUGCAGAACAACUUGGACAGGGAGAGCAGCAGCCUGCAGGACCUGGAGUCCCAGAAGCAGGAUGCCCAGGAACGUCUGGAGGAGAUGGACCAGCAGCGCUCCAAGCUGGAAGGGAUGCUCAACGACGUCAAGCAAAAGUGCCAGGAAGAGUCCCAAACGAUUUCUUCCCUGCAGAGCCAGAUCCGCUCUCAGGAGAACAACCUCCAGAGCCAGGAAGACGAACUGAGCCGCACCAAGGCAGACCUGAGCCGGCUGCAGGAGGAGGAGGCCCAGCUGGAGCAGAGCCUGCUCUCCGGUCGCGUCCAGCUGGACAGUAUCAUCAAGUCGCUCAAAACCACCCAGGAAGAGAUCAACCAGGCUCGCAGUAAGCUGUCGCUGAUCCAGGACAGCCAAAAGGAGGUGACCAAGACCAUUGAGCAGUACAACAGCACUUUGAGCGACAUCAACGGAGGAAACUUCAGCAACCUGCCGGACUUGAGUGAAGGGUUCACCGAGAAGGAGAAUGGAGGUUUCAGGAGUGCGAGCGACUCUCUCAAAUCAAAGAUAGCCAUGUUCAACAACAGCAGCACUAAAGAGACCCCAGCAGAUCCCUUCCAGACCGAAGACCCCUUCAAGUCCGACCCCUUCACAGAUCCAUUUGGAGGAGACCCCUUCAAAGAAAGCGAUCCCUUCAAAGGCACCUCAUCCGAAGAUUUCUUUAAGAAGACAGACAAACCAGACCUGUUUGGAUCCUCAGACCCCUUUGGUAGAAAACCCACACCACCAGCCAAGCCAAGUGCCUUCAGCAGUGGUGACCCCUUCACAUCAAAACCAAAGGAUUCAGAUGUGUUUGGGACAGCAGACCCCUUUGGAAGCAACUCUUUUGGAAGCAAAGGGGGUGGAUUUGCUGACUUUAGUCAGAUGUCAAAGAAGUCGGACAACCCUGUUCUCCCAUCAAAGAAAAAUGUGCCUAACCGGCCUGCACCUCCCUAUGGUAUGCUCAGUUUGGGUGCGUCAGAGCCAUCGCAGAGUGUUUGCUCCACAGCAGACAGUAAAGACUCUUUUGUUACGACAGACCAGAGUAAAGACUAUCCUGUGGGUUUUGCAGACUUUGCCUCUGAUCUGAACAUGUCAAGUUUGGAAGUGAGAGCCAGCAGCUGGAGUGGGCCAAGCGGGAGAGCGAGCGUGAGGAGCAGGAGAGGCUAAGGAGGCUGCGGCUCCAGGAGCAGCAGGACCUGGAGCUCGCCAUCGCUCUGAGCAGGGCCGACAUGCCCAGCGCCUGACCGGGCAUGUCCCACCGCAGCUUUUCAGUCCUCUUCCCCUCUCGCCUCACAGCCUCACCGUCUGCAGGCUCACGACAACAGCACAGACACUGGCCCGACAUGACUAGCAGCCCCUGUUACCAAUUUGUGUAAGAGACCAGAGUUUCUCCCGCCAUGACUGGAUUCAUGUCAAAUGACUCCACAUUUAGCAUCCAGUUAAGGUUCAUUGCUCCCAAACUACAUGGCAACUAUAAUCAGGGACAAUACGGAGCCACUUGAUUUAAGCCUGGUUUCAUCCUGCAAGAACAUAGCGAUUUAACGCAACCCCAACCAGCAGGGUACUCCACUACAACCUAUAUCUAGCUCCAUAUCUUGUUAUGGCUAAUCACCCUGCCUUAACCAAAAGCCUGUUUGUUGCAAAACAAAAGAAUGUUUUACUGUUUUAUUUCUAUACAAAAGCAAUGAAUCCCUGGUGUAUGAAGUACUUGUAAAAAGCACUGUAUAAACUGUUUUAUAUGACCUUUAAUUACUCCGGAAAAUUCAUAUUGAAAGUCAAACCAUACAUGCUAACUAUCCUGUUAGCCUGUCUUUAGAGUUAUGCUUUGUUUUUUUUCCUUCAUGUACUGUAAAUAUUGUUAGAUGACAGUCUUACAUAGACGCCUUGGAACAGCGGAGUCCAUCCAAGUUUAGUUAUCAGCAUGAAAAUGGCAUGAUUUAGAUUUUUAGCUCAAAUGUUACAAGUGUUUCCUGCCAUUUAUGAUUGCAUAUCUACUAUUAACUACUACUAAGGCCUUUAAGUACAAGGAUUGGAGAAACGUUUGAAUAUAAUCAAGCCCUCAACAGGGAUUUACAUGUCAGUGUAGAAAAAUUUGAUGUUUUGGGUAUCCCUGUUAAGCUUUUUAGUUCUAACAAAGCUUUGGUUAAAUAUGAUUUAGCUCCACAUCAUCAGUCGCCUCUUGUAUUUACAAUAAUUAAGAUGCAAGCGAUAAUCAUUGAUGUCUUCCUUUCUUAUGUUCAGUCUACCUGGAGCGCUGUUGCACCAUCUCUCUGAUGUCAGCAGCUUGUGUGUGUCAGACAGUUUAUCAUUGGUUGCCGUGUUGUAACUCCCAAACAGUUUGCACUCCCAUACAACUAAAAGCCUCUAUAAAAUGGAAGAAGUGUAAACCUACAUUGUUUAUACUGGUGCUGUUACACUUAAUUUCAUCCUUCUUCACAUUACCACUGAUGCACAGCAACAUAUGCUUCCAACUUUCCAACAUUUCGCUCGAAUCACCCGUUGGAUUUAUUAUUUUUUUCUGCUCAUCAGUGUCUUAUGAUCCAGUUGGAGGACAUUUGUUAAAAUGCCUUAAAAUCUUGCUUCCUUGUUAAUCAUAUAACACUAAUCAGGUUUAUUCGGCACAUAAUGUAUGCACUGUAUAUUCCAGAGCUUACUGGACAUGUACAGAGUGACAAUGCCUUAUUUAUCAACAUAUCAACAUUGUAACGUAAUAUUGCACAGUAUGUAUGUGAUUAUAUAAAAAAAAAAAUCCUCUGAGUUUUAAGUUGCUCAAAACUGUACCAAGUUUUAAUUGAAUAAAAGUGAUUUUUAACAUUU